AUGAAUAAACAUGAAACCUUUUUAUUCAUUUGGAUUCUGAUUAUUUAUUCAUUGGAUAUUGUAUAUUAUACAUUUGGUGAAGAUACUGAUACUGAUAAAAGUUCUUAUCGAAAGCAAGAACUAAUGAAUUUGAAUAACGGGCUAUGGAUAAGCGAAAGCAAUGACGAUAUUUUGAGUAAUAACACUAAACAAAUGUCAGGUAGUAAGAAAAUGUAUUUCGUUAAAAAACCAACAAAUAUCACAGUACAAGAACAUGCAAAACAUGUUCGUUUUGAUUGUCAAAUAAAUGGAAGGGUCAAUAUUUUAUCAUACAAAUGGUUAAAAAAUAAAAUAGAUAUCAAUUUACAACCAGACAUUCAACAUCGUUAUCAAAUUUUACAAAAUGGUAGUUUAUAUCUUACACAAAUUAAUCGUAAUGAUACUGGAAUCUAUACAUGUCAAGUGAUUUUUAAAUAUUCAAAUAAUCAGCCUAAUUACUUGAAACCUCUGACUACUGAAGUGAAUAACAAUAAUCAAAGACAUAUUGAUUUCAUAUCUGAAUAUUUACGCAAUCCUGAACAUGGAUAUAAUGAAGAACUUGAAAAGGUGAAACAAAGUUUAGAAGCAUCUGCCUGGUUAAAUGUCCAAUACAUUCCAAAUAUUCAACUUAACAAUUCUAUAAAUCCAAUAUAUUUGGGUAGAAAUGGUCCAGGACGUAUUCCAUGUAUUGUUGAUGCAACACCUUCUAUCGAUUUGAUUGAAUGGCGUAAAUUAAUAAAUUCAUCAAUAAAAUCACAUUCUAACAUAAUAAUUAGGUCUUUUCAACAAAAUUCUAAAACUAUGGGUACAAUUUUACCAGUUGAACAACUUUUAAGAGAUGAAAAUACUAGUUCGUCUUUCACUAUUUAUUGGUAUGAAUGGGAUAUUGUAAAAGAAAGUGAUGGUGGAUUUUAUCAAUGUCGAGCUCGUAAUACAAUUGGAUGGAGUUCAUGGUCUCCAAAACUACAAGUAAUUGUAAACGAACUACCUCGGUUUAUAAGGAAGCCAAAAUCAGUUGAAUUCGUAAAUAGUAAAGUACCUUUAAUACUACCAUGUGAAGCCUAUGGACAACCCAAACCAAUAAUUCAAUGGUUUUAUAGUAAAUUAAAUCAACUUGGAAGUAAUUCAUCAAAAUCUGUUAUGCUCACAAGUCUAAACAAAGAAACACAAAACAUAGCAACGGAGAAUAUUGUGGUAGACCAAGAACAUGAUGAUUGUGAUAGAGAAGAUAUUAAUGAACAAGUUGAAAAUGGAAUAUUCAAUACUACUGAUCAUAGCAUCCAUUAUCCCUUUCAAAAACACAGAACAAUUAAUAAAAAAUCAAUCUUUGAUGUUAAUUUACCUGGUGGUGUGAACAAAAUGCCAGAUGGAAGUCUUCUCAUCUACACUUGGAAUGCAUCAAAAGUAACUGGACAGUAUUUUUGUAUUGCUAAAAACUCUAUUGGUCAUAUUAUAACGUCAGUCGAAAUAAAACAAGAUCUAGCAAUACAACUAUAUGAUCGAAUUUUUAAUAACAUUAUGUUACAUGUCAAACCUUUAAUAUACUCUGCAAUAUUAUCCUGGAAUAAAAUGAAACUACCUGGUAUGUUGCAUUCGGAUACUACUUUUGACACCAUCGGCAAACAGUGUUAUUACGUAACGUAUCAUUCACCGGUUCGAUCAGGUGAUGAAUGGAUCACAACUAUUGUACAACCAGAAUACACUAGUCGAAUACGGUUAAAUGGACUUAUUCCAAACGAGCUGUAUGCUUUUCGAAUAAAUCAUUGGUGUACACCAUCGAACCAUAAUCACUCGACUAGUUCUACAGUAUUGAUUAGGACUGGGUUACCAUUGAAGCAAAAUGCUGGAUUAAUUUUAACAAACAACAAUACCCAAUAUUUGGAGUUUGAACAUGACACAGACCCAUCUAAACCUCCGUCGCCACAAUCAUUAAAACUACAAAUAACUCAAACUGAACAGUAUAAUAGCGUUCUAACAUGGAAAGUCCAAGGAAAUCCGCAAAUUUCAUCACUUCAUUUAAAUGUUCAACAGAAGUACAAUGAUUUACCGGAGCAUAUUUCAUAUUUUCAAGUAGAAUUCAUCGUCUGCACAAGUUCCAAUACACAUCUAUUUGGAAUUAGUAAUUGUACUGAUAGUAAGAAUUAUAUAUAUCGGUGGAAGUCCUUAGCACCAGUACGUUAUCCCAAAUUAACUUUUGAAUUAAAUCAUAAUAAUGAAAUGUUUUUACUGGAAAAUAACAACAGAAAUGAAGAUCUAACAGUUGACAGUGAUGCAUUCAGAACAGCUUUUGAAUACAAUGAAUUAAACUCAUUUUUAACUAAUUUAUAUUACAAUUCCUUGGUUUAUGAAUUGAGGUUUCGUGUAAAAUCUUUCGGUUUAAUGUCAGUGAGUGAACCGUCCAACGAGUUAAUUAUUAAACACCCUUUACUACCAUCUAUCUUAAAUGCAUUAAAUCAAACACUUUAUUAUGAACGUUAUCUUAUUUAUAAAGCAAUUCAACAAGUAUAUUAUGAAUCGUUAAAAAAUUAUCAACAAAAUUUUACUUUAAAUAAUAAUAAAAUGAAAAUUUCCAAAAAUACUACUUAUUUAAGUAGUUAUUAUAUAACAAAUAAACAUAAUAAAAAAACAUAUUGGUAUAUUUAUUGUAUUAGUUUUAGUACAAUAAUAAUUAUAUUGAUUUUAUUAUUUAUAUUAUUUAAAAAAAUAUUUAAAAAAAUUAAAAAAAGAUUAAAACAAAGAAAAGAAAAGAAAAUCAAUAAAUCAAUAAAAGUAAAUCAUCAAAAACAAAUCAUAGUCACAUUACCUAAUAUGAAUAUUUUAAAUAAUCAAUAUGAAACAAAUCAAACUUAUUUAAAUAAUGAUUCAUUUAACUUAUAUGAAUCUAAUUUUAUUAAUAAUGAAUUUAAACAAAAAUUAAUAUCUAAUGAUCAUGAUCAAUUAGAUAUCCCCCAUAUUAUUCAUAAUUGUUCUGAUAAAUAUUCAAAUCAUUAUUUGCCUCCAAAUUAUAUUAAACAAAAUUUAUUGAAUACUAUAGAUUUAAAUUCAAAUCAAUCAAUUCAAUGUUUAAAACAAACAAACGAUACAAAUUGUGAUCAAGUUUAUUUAAUUUUAUCUAAUUAUGAAAAUUCAGCUUAUUAUACUUUAGAUACAUCAAAAAAUUAUCAAGUAAUUGAUAAACAAAAUAAAAAUGCAAAGAAUAUGCAGAAUACUGAAGAGAUAACAAAAGAGAUACAAGAUGAUACAACAGACAAACAUUAUGCAGUGAUGACGCCUGAGGUUUUGAGAUCUGAAUAUUUGGACCCCCUACAUCAAACAAUGAUAAAAUAUACAUUGAAUGAACCGAAAAGCAUCGUACCAUGUAAUUGUUUACAAUCAUCUAGCUUAACACUGUACUCACCAUGUCCAAAUCAUGUGUCAUCAACAACAUCUCACACCCCAAACAAGUGCUAUUGUACUGAACAAGUUCAAACAAAUCAAUGUACAGAACAACAACAUCAAUGCAACUCUAAUUUAAUGAGGUAUUCAUCACCAGCAGGAUCAAAUCCAGAAACAAUAUUUAUAGUUAAAAAGUAA